AUGUCACUCAGCCCACCGACAACGACAACCGGCGGCGGCAGCCCCUCCAGACCGUUUCAGCUGUACUGGUGCUUCCAAUGCCAUCGCGCUGUAUCCAUCGCCACAACAAGCCGUUCAGAAGAAACCGCCACGUGUCCCAGAUGUUCCGGCCAGUUCGUUUCGGAGAUCAACAUGCGCCGCCGCCCCGCCGCGCAGCCCAGGUUCGUCAUGGAUUUCAGCGACUUGUUCGACCCUUCCCCCGAGUCUCGCUUGCUCGACGCUCUCUCUCUCGUCCUCGACCCCCCACUUGCCCGGGGACGAGACCCUUUCCCGCGAGGAUCCGGCGGCGGAACGGAGUUCAACCCUCCUCCAACUACCAGAGGACGGCGCAGGCAUAGAAGCUUAGACGACGGCAUAGAGCCGGGCCGGAGGACGAGAACAUGGAUCAUCAUCCGACCCGUUGGCGGCGACCCGAGUUCGAGUCCCCCGACCCAAUCCGGUGCCGCUCUCUUGCCACCAAGGGCAAACCCGAGGGACUACUUCUUCGGACAAAGCUUAAACGAUUUGAUAGAAGAGAUCACUCAGGACGACCGCCCGGGCCCACCUCCGGCUCCCGAAUCGGCUAUCGAGGCGAUCCCGAGGGUGGAGAUCGAGGCGGCGCACUUGGCGCGCAACGACCACGACUCGUGUCCGGUGUGCAUGGAAGAGUUCAAGGUGGGAGGAGAAGCCAGGGAGCUGCCCUGCAAACACAUUUACCACGAAGACUGCAUCGUCCCAUGGCUGAGGUUGCACAACUCCUGCCCGGUUUGCCGCCAGGAGGUUCCGGCGGUCGAAGAUGAGAGUGGGGAGGGAGAAGGCAGAGGCGGCCGGGGAGGCAUGUGGUGGUGGCUGAGGCGGCAGCUGGCGGCGCUGUGGCCGUUUCGUGCUCGAUACGCUAGAGUUGUGCCGCAUGGUGUAGUAGCCAACGGUCGUCACCAAGAGAUUCGUCGUAGCGCUGAUGCUGCUGCUGCUAAUGAUUCCAGGAGAGGUCAGAAUUGA